UUGAAACGUGAAGGGAGCAAAGACUCUCUCCUGUCUGAACCUCUAUGCAUCACUAUGAUCUCUCACCUUUUUCUCAAAGCUCUUUAAUUCCCAUUUCCUCUACACAAAACUGAACAAAAAAAAAAGCCGAUGGUAAUGGGUUUGAAUCUAGAGGAGAUCAAGACAAAGAAGAAGACUUUCAUUGGACUUGGAUUGGGACAGAUCCUCUCCCUUCUCUGUACUUGUAACAUCUUCACAUCUUCUGAGCUCGCCAGAAAUGGAAUUAAUGUUCCAACAACACAAUCGUUCCUCAGCUAUAUGUUACUUGCAAUUGUCUAUGGAUGUAUAAUGCUAUAUCGAAGACCCACAAUUAAGGGCAAGUGGUAUCACUAUUGUCUCCUUGCCUUAGCUGAUGUGGAGGGGAACUUUCUUGUUGUGAAGGCUAAUCAGUACACAUCGAUAACGAGUGUGAUGCUACUGGACUGCUGGGCGAUCCCUUGCGUUUUGGUGUUGACUUGGGUUUUCCUGAAAACAAAAUACAGAUUGAUGAAGAUUUGUGGUGUGUUUAUAUGUAUCCUUGGUGUUGUCAUGGUACUUUUCUCUGACGUUCACGCCGGGAGUCAAACAGGAGGAAGUGAUCCUGUCAAAGGAGAUAUUCUUGUGGUAGCUGGAGCAACCUUAUAUGCUGUCAGUAAUACCAGCGAGGAGUUUUUUGUGAAGAAUGCAAACACUGUUGAGAUUUUGACCUUCUUUGGAUUUUUCAGCGCCAUCAUUAGUGCCAUUCAGAUAGGCAUAUUUGAACGCGGUGAGCUCAAAGCUAUUGAGUGGUCAGCUGAGACUGUAAAGUUUCUUUGCUAUACUGUCAAUCUCUACAAACCAAAGUCUUUUUACUUUUUUUUUUUUAAUCAGUAUUGUUUCUUUCUACACUUUCAGGCUUUUCCUUUUCUUAGAUUUGCAGUCUCAAUGUUUUUCACCUACUCAUUACUCCCGGUUUUACUCGAGACGAAUGGUUCAGCAAUGUUCACCCUCUCGUUACUCACAUCAGACAUGUGGGCUGUUUUGAUCCGCAUUUUCGCUUAUCAUGAGAAGGUUGAUUUGCUCUACUACUUGGCAUUUGCUACUACAGCUAUUGGACUGAUCAUAUACUCAAUGAAAGAGAAAGAUGAGGAGGAACAAAAGGAUGAGCAGAGAAAGCUAUUGGAUGAGGAGGAUGGUGAAGAGAUAUAACAACAUUGAUUCAUUGGCUUGUGAGAUAUAACAACAAUUGGCAACUGUAAAGAGAAAAAAGGCUUUAUUUGAUCUUUAAUUUAAUUGUAAAAAUAAAACAAAAUAAGAUAUUGUGAGGACAAGAUUGGAGUAUAAUAGAAAUUAAAAUGC